AUGGAGGUGGAUAUGUUGCUGGAGAAGGCGAUGCGCGCGUCGCCCCUGGGCGUUGCCGACGGAUCGUUCAUUGACUCCCCUGGAGGGGCCUAUGUUUCACCGGCUGGCCGCUGUAAAGCAUGCGAUGUGGACCCUGGCAAGGGGACCUGCCGCAUGACCCACUACCGUCGGGGCAGCCGCAGUCGGAAAAUCAAUACAGCAGUUCCCCUCAAUCGCCUUGCCCCCUCCUCUCACCACUCCUCCGCCCAGGGCUGCCAACACAUAAGUAUUUCCAGUGUUUCCAGUAGUAUGCUAUUACUUCCAUAA